AUGGCCGACGACGUGCCGAUUGCAGUGGAUGCGGAUUACUACGAAACCGAUAGUGCUUACAGCCCAGACGAUCGUGAUUGGCAAACGGGAGACACAACAUCGAUCGGAUCGUCGAUCUAUCAAGGCCUUAUUUUGAAUGGUCGGAGAUACCAAUCGCUCCGAGAAAAGGAGUAUAUUGUUCCAUCCGAUGAACUACAAUUCGAAACAUACGAAGCAGGGCAUAUCGUUGACUUAAUUUUGAACUAUCAUAAAGAAAAUGCACUCUUUCAAUCACCCGUAGGGAAGAAUCGAGAUGCUUCCCUGCAAAUCUUGGAUAUUGGAACUGGGAGAGGGACAUGGGCUAUAGACGUGGCAGAUAUGCUCCCUAAUAGUCACGUUCGCGGAGUUGAUCUUUACCCUCCACCCGUUGACUGGACACCCCCGAACUGUAUUUUUGAAGUCGACGAUAUUCUUCAAGAGUGGAUGUGGCGGGAAUCAUUCGAUUUAAUCCAUAUGGCUAAUAUGAUUGGAUCCUUCGAUUCCGGUGAAUGGGAGCGCGUUUAUCAACAGUGCUAUGACAAUUUACAACCCGGUGGAUGGUUCGAGCAAUUUGAAAUCGGACCGUUCGUAGAGAGUGACGACGGCACCUUGCCUCCAGAUAGCGCCCUUGCGUCGUGGGGCCCUAUGCUAAAAGCAUGCGGUGAGCGAGCCGGUCGCUCUUGUUCAAUCAUUUCCACGAUGUCAUCGAAUAUACGACGAACGGGAUUUGUCGAUGUGCAUGAGAGAGUAUACAAAUGGCCCAUCGGGCCAUGGCCUAAAGAUGAACGGAUUAAGGAGGCGGGAGUCAUGAAUUUCCAGCAUUGGAUGAGCGGUAUGGAAGGGUGGUGCAUGUGGUUACUCACAAAAUACGGUAGCCCCGAGCCAUGGACGACAGAAGAAGUUUAUGUCUUCUGCGCGAGGAUACGCAACGAGCUUCGACAAGGGAGAUAUCACUGUUACCACAAGGCACGGAGGGUCUGGGCGAGAAAACCGUUCCCCGGAGAAAUCAUUGGAAAUCCAGCCAAUUCACGGUCACCAACAGCCAUGUCUACCGAUUUCAUGGACCUGAGAGCUCAAUCGAACGUUAGCAGGUCGCGAUCUAAGACUGCUGGUAGCUCGCAAUGGCAUGGCAACAAAUCUAUUUCCAGAUCACCAAUGGCGAGAUACCGUGAAAGCCUGCGACCUUCUAGCAAGCAACCGAAUUCCAGCCCGCCAAGAUCACACCCUACUGAAAGCCCAGCACCGCGGGGUCAGGACGCACCACGAUACUCGGAACCACUUUCAGAUCAACAAACACCCCAACGUCUAGUACCACCAGAGAACCAGGGAGGAGUACGCCGAUCGGAACCUUUGAGAGAUCAAGAACCGCGGCUUUCAGAACCACUAUAUCAUCAGAAUCUACCCCGGGAUGAGGAGUUCCCACGACCCCACGCGCCCCUCCAGCCCCAAGAAAAAGACUCACUCCAAGGAGUAUCUUCGGAUCAACAACUACGACAGAAUCAAGAAUCAUCGAAGUCCCAGGGACCACCACAGGACCCCAAGCCGCCGUUUUCAAAUCCAUAA